AUGCACUACAUCGACAAAGAUAGUCGCGGCCACUUGAGCAUCCACGCUCUACACAAGCCUGAAUGGGGAGCGGCAUCCGAGCUCUGCCCGCAGCGGGGCAUCGUCACCUACAGGCUUGCUCCUAACCGCGUCAACCCCAUGGCUGGAGCACUCCAUGCAGCAGUUUUCAACGUCUGGAGGAGAACAAGACAGCAGAUAUUGUACUGGGGGACGCCGAUGCUGCUGGGUUACCUCACGCUGCAGUGGGCGGAAGAAAGGAACAAAUUCGCAAACAGCAAAGAAGGCAGGAAGCUUUACCAAAAGGAAGACUGA